GUGCGUCGGUGUGGAGAGGAGGAGGGGGGAAAAAGAGGAAGGAAUAUGGUUUCAUGUGACGCUCCUCCCGCACUAGCGGAUCUCUGGUAGCGCGGAGGAGGAGAAGGAGGAGGAGGAGGAGGAGGAGGAAGCUGCGUGGCUCAACAAAGCCUCCCCAUACCUCAAGCGAGCGCCUCGUACGGUACCGAACAAAACCCGAGGAGCACCGAGGAGACCUAAAUGGUGGAGGCCGUGGUGGAGUUCGACUAUGAGGCCCAGCAGGACGAUGAGUUGAGCCUGAACGUGGGCGACGUCAUCGUGAACAUCCGGCGAGACGACGGAGGAUGGUGGGAGGGCGAGCUGGGGGGUCGCCGGGGGCUGUUCCCCGACAACUUUGUGCGGGAGAUCAAGAAAGAUGGCAUGCGAGAUGGCGGACAGGCCGGCGCGGCCGUCAAAGCCGACCUGUCCAACGGCCGGGCCAGUCCCGUGUCCGAGCCCGCCGCCAGACCGGCCAAGAAAGGGGAGCAGAUCCGUAAGCGCCGGUGCAAAGCGGCCUUCAGCUACGUGCCUCAGCACGAAGACGAGCUGGAACUGAAAAUAGGCGACAUCAUCGAAAUCUUAGCGGAGGUGGAGGAGGGCUGGUGGGAGGGCGUCCUGAAUGGCAAAAGUGGGAUGUUCCCCUCCAAUUUCACCAAAGAGAUCCUGCUCGAAGCUGAUGGGCCCUCCGCGGACACGCCCGCCUCGCAGGAGGAGCCCCGCAGCGGCCGCAACAGUAAGAACAGUCCAGGGAGCGAAAGCGAUGGAGGGGACAGUCGGUCCGAAACAGGCUCCGGGGAAAUCCAGCCCAAAAAGGUGAGAGGCUUCGGCUUUGGCGACAUCUUCAAAGAUCAGCCCAUCAAGCUCCGGCCGCGCUCCGCCGACGUCGACUCGGAGGCCGACAAGGUUGCUGAGUGGAAGACGGCGAGCUCGGCGGCGCCUGACAACAUGAAGAGCGAUCCUGACGGCAGAGGAAAAGGACGAGAGCUGUGCAAAGUCCUCUUUCCUUACGAAGCGCAGAACGAGGAUGAGCUGACUAUCAAAGAGGGCGAAAUCAUCGCCAUAAUCACCAAGGACUGCGCCGACACAGGCUGGUGGAUGGGCGAGGUCGGCGGCAGGCAGGGCGUCUUCCCGGAUAACUUCGUCAAGCUGCUGGAAGCCGAGAAAGAGAGACCAAAGAAGCCGCCACCCCCCAGUGCACCGGCAACCAAACACACGACGCCAGAGAAAAAGUCGGAGGUCAAGAAGGUUCCUCCGGAGCGGCCUGAGCACCUGCCGCACAGAGACCAGGACCGAGGUGAUGAGGUGGUCAAGCCUUCCCUCCCGACUGUCCUCCCCAAGAAACUUUUCCCUCCAAAGACCUCCGCUUCCCCCUCAGCUACCCAGCAACCCCCGAGGCGCCCCGAGAGACCACCCACUCUGGCGUGUGAAAGCCCCAAGUCCGACGGUGGGGCUUCGACACCUGAAUCCGCUCCCGACAGGUCUCAUACCACCGAUCUGGACCUGGACGCGGUGGUCCCGUCAGCGGAGAAGCUCAGUCACCCGACGGCGUCGCGGCCGAGAGUCACGGACCGCCGGCCUCGCUCGCAGAUCAUCACAUCUUCCUCAGUGACCAGCGGCGAUGCGGAGCACCCGACGCCGGAGCGAGCCACGGAGGACCCAGAACCAGUCCAGUCCAGACCUGUGGAGGUUUCGGCAAGAAAGGGAGUUCCUGUCAUUUCGGGCCCCGAGAGUAAAUCCCAGGCGGCCGCCAAGUCGUCCUCGUCUCUGAACCCGCCGGCCGGCCCCGGCCGUCGUCCCGCCUCGCCGUCUUCCCCGUCCGCGUGUCCGAGCCCCUCUCCGGAGCUGCGGCAGUCGUCGCCCGCCACCGCGCCCACGCUGGAGGAGCUGAGGAGGCAACUGCGAGAGCUCCGCAGCGCUGUGGAGCUGCUGAAGAGUCAGCACAGGCAGGAGAUGAAGCAGCUGGCCGGCACGCUGGACGAGGAGAAGAAGAUACGACACAGUUUACAGAUGGAAGUGGAGCACAUCAAGAAGAUCCUGUCCAAAUGAGCCGGGGCCAAGACUACGUUUGUGCCAAAUGAUCGUGACGAUCGCCAUCAGCAGCGAGCUUCGUGGACUCAAACUACGUGCCCCCCCCCCUCCCAGCACCCCACCAUGAUGUCGCCUUACCUUGUGUUGACUUCUUUCUCUCCUUGUUCAUUUCCCUCUCUGCUGUCUUCUCUGCCUGCCGCGCUCGCCGGUACUGGCGGGUGGCCGCUGUGUUACCAUGGCGAUGUGUCACUCAGAGGUACUCGCGUGAAAUGGGUGGCGAAGGCCCAUCGGAACCCCCGCGGGCCGGUCGGUUCGGACCGCCGCUGCGCUGUCGUGCGUCCACGCAGUGGCCUUCCCGCCUCUUUACUUUGCUGUGUGUGUGAGACAGGCACAUUUUAUCUCCAACUUGGUGGCACAUGGUUCAAGCAGGAUUGAUGUUUGUGUGUUUAUUUAGCAUUCAUACAUCGCGAAUGCUAAUUGGCCCACUUUGUAUUCCUAUUUCUCACAUGGCUAUUCUUAUUAUACACCAUUCACAAAACGUGAGGAAUAUGGCAGAAAAUGUCAGGAUGAACCUUUAAAUCCUGAACCUUUUGUGAAGAGUGUAUUUUUUAAAAUCCCUCCACGACACCAGAUGCUAAAUUGCAGCGUAAACUAAGGGAGUUUUGUGAGAUUGAUCUUACUUAGCACAGUGUAAAGGCAACAGAGGUUAACAGAGACGGAGGACUCGAGUCACACGACUUGACUCGAGUCAGACCUACGUUGCCAGUUUUAGGACUUGUUUGGCUAAAACCUCCACUCGAGUUAGGCCUGGUACACAUAAGGAUUUUUUCAAAUCUUUUAAGAUUGUUUAUCCGUUACAGAUUCCGCACAUGAAGAUAAAAAAAAAAUCCAGGUUCACAGUUUUGGUCGUAUUGUGGUGUGCUCCGAUGAUCUUAACACACAACACCACACAUAAAGAUUCUGUUCCACCAGUGAUCUCGAAUCUAGUCCUCCGAGACAGAAAUCUUGCGUGAGCUAACAAAAAAGAAGAAGGAACACAACCGGUUAUGUUGUGCCGCUGUUUCCCGAGUGUUAUAGAAUGGUGACGUCGUCAAUAAAAACUGAACCCACUUUGACACAAAAUACGACGACUCGACUCGUUGGCUUUGUUGCCACAGUAAUUUGGUGCUUGCUUGAAACUUUACAGUUAAGACUUGCUCAUGGUUGACUUCCAACUUUGAUGGUUAGCCUCGCGCUAACGACACAAUUCAAAAGGGGUUCACUGUACUGUACAUUCAGUUAGCGAAGUGACGACCAUUUAACCAGUUGAGUAAGGGCGCCCCCCCCACAGGCACAAUCGUGACAGGACAAGCGAGCUACUGACCACCCACUAUACAAAUAUCGUAGCUUUAUUCCAAACUUGCCUCCCGAUGAUGCAUGAGCACAUCUGUGUACAUGAUGAUGAUAAUUACUGUCGGUUAGUUGAAAAUAACGUGCACCUUUUUGACCUCACCAGAGACUCAUGACGGUCGCAUCCGCUUGGCGCUGGCGCUUUUUAGCCAGCAGUCACGUUAGCGACAGGGUAGAAGGAAUGUGAGCUGUGAAGGUGUGGGUGUGUGCGCGUGUGUGCUAACAUGCACGGCCGUUUGCUUCCUCCUCCGUACGAUACGACGUAUGUGCACAGAAUCUAUGGCAACACAUCACUGUGGCCUUCCUAUUUCACGUUUUGUUUCUGUCACUCACCAAACAAGAAAACAAAACCGAGGCUGCAAAUUGUUUUCUUGACUUGGUCCUCUCUUUCUCCAGGAUAGUGAUGAUAAAAACAUAAAAAUAUAUAUAUACUUUUAUAUUUCUGUGGAAUAAAGAUGCUAUUAUGU